AGCUCGGAUGGGCUCAAGCAGUUGACGCUGCCUACUCCCAUGGCUGGCAUUGCACGCGCUGGCACCAUGCUCAGCCGCCUGAGGCCGCUGACCCGGAUCGCCGUGCGGCCGCUUCCAGCCGCUUCGCUGGCCCCAUGCUCCGUCCUCGCCCGAGGCUUCGCCGCCGCCGCCGCGACCAAGCCCAAGAUGGAGGACGGCACCUUAGAGGGUCGGUAUGCCACCGCGCUGUUUAUGGCUUCCUCCAGCAAGCUGGACAAGGUGUACGGAGACCUGGCGGCCAUCCGGUCCAUGAUGUCGGAAUCGCAGGAGUUCAAGUUGGCCAUCGAGACUCCUGGUAUUCAGCCUGACAGCAAGGUGGCAGCCUUUGAAGCAGUGUGCAACAAGGGCGGCAUCGAUGGCUCUGUGUUGAACUUCCUGAAGGUCUUGGUGGAGAACAAGCGGGCACAUUUGCUCUCCCGCAUGAUCGACAUUUUUGAGAACUUCUACCGCGCGGAGAAGGGCCUGUUGCUGUGCAAGGUGACAUCAGCUGAGCCCCUGACGGACGCUCAGAAGAAGCAGGUGGAGGCGGCCAUGCAGAAGAGAGCGGAGGGCUCAAAGCUGAUCAUGGAGUACAACACCAACCCCGCCAUGCUCGGAGGCCUCAUCGUCAAGAUGAACGAGGCCGUGCUGGACAAUUCUGUCUCCACCCGCUUGGAGCGUCUGCAGACGCAGCUGCUUGCACCAGUGUCCUGAGUGACGGCGUAUUAUUUGAGUACACGCGGCAACCAAGUCUUUUGAUGCGAAUGACGCAGUACCCCUGCAAC